UUUUUUUUCUUCUUCUCUUUUUCUUUCACUCAACUUUUUUUAAAAAAUGUUUGCAGAACUACGUCGAAUGAAUGUGCGACAGGUUGCCCUGCAGUUCCUGAAUAUUCUUACAGUAGCAGCCUCUGCUUUUAUGAUAUGGAAAGUAGUGUCUAUUGUCACUAAUACAGAAAGUCCUGUUGUUGUUGUAUUAAGUGGAAGUAUGGAGCCUGGUUUUCAACGUGGUGAUAUUCUUUUCCUUACACUCCCUAAAAAUGAUCCUGUGGAAAUCAACGAUAUCUGUGUCUUUAAAUUACCAGAAAGACCUAUUCCCAUUGUUCACAGAGUAGUCAAGAUUCAUGAAGAUAACAAGACAAAGAAAGAAUAUAUCUUGACAAAAGGUGAUAAUAAUGCUAGAGAUGAUCGUGCUUUGUAUGAUAGAGGACAAAUGUGGAUCCAUAGAGAACAUGUCGUUGGCAAAGUUAAAGGUUUUUUGCCUUAUGUUGGUAUGGUUACGAUUCUUAUGAAUGAUUAUCCUUGGAUGAAGUUUGCCUUGUUAGGCGUACUUGGUUUAUUUGUACUUAUUCAUAGAGAAUAAAAACGCUAAGUUUUCUUUAAU